AAAACUUCUUCCUCAUUUAAAAUGACUCACUGACACUUUGGCCACUCUUUGUUUUAAACACCGUUAACUUGCCUGAUUGUCCCACAAACGUACAGAAGUAACAAUGGCACCGUUGAUGUUUAAAGAUGCUUUCUGGGGGACUGAUUUCACUUGUCACGCUGGCUAUGAAGCUAUGAUCCAAAGGCUGAGGGAUGGACGACAAAUGUGCAAAGAUGUGGAAGAACUUUUCAAGAUGAGGGCUCAAGCAGAGGAGAAAUACGGGAAGGAACUGGUGACUAUUGCUCACAAAGCUGCCGGACACGCCGAGAUUGGCACCCUGAGAGCAUCCUUUGAUCAACUUAAAACACAAAUUGAAAACAUAGGGAAAUUUCACAUCCAGCUCUCUGACACACUGAAAGAGGAGGUGAAAAAGAUUGAGGCAUUAAGAGAGCAUCAGAAAGAACAGAGAAAAAAGUGUGAAAGCAUCAUGGAGAAGGUGCAGAAGAAAAAGAUUUCUUUCUUUAAAAAGACACUGGAGUCGAAGAAGAACUACGAGCAGAGAUGCAGGGAGGCAGAUGAGACAGAACAUGUGAGAGAGAAGACAACCUGUACAACCAAACAGUCAGAGAAGAUACGUCAAAGAGCCGAACACUGCAGACAGGCAGCAAGUGAAGCAGAGAAGUUGUAUUCUGCCAAUAUUGUGCAACUAGAACAUGUUCGCCAAGACUGGGAAGCGGCACACAAAGGCACGUGUGAGAUAUUCCAGCAGCUGGAGAGAGAUCGUAUCAGCAUGGUCAGAUGUACAUUAUGGGACCACUGCAACCAUUUCUCCAUGCAGUGUGUCAAAGACGAUGACUCUUAUGAAGAGGCGAGAGAGUGUCUGGAAAUGUGUGACAUCACUGCAGACAACAACUGUUUCAUAGAGACAAAAACAACAGGUUCAAGGCCACCAGAGUCCAUAGUGUUUGAGAGUUACUACCAGACACAGACAUCAGGGGACAGCAAUGGGCAAGCUCAUUUUGCAGGAGGAGGAAACAUGAUGAGGAGAGAAUCUGAUUUCCCCACACGGAAGUUCAACAAUCUGCGAGGUGAGAGUCUCCAAACGCACACGCAGCACUGACAUCUACUGGACAAUCUGAGGUUAAAGAAGGAGAUAUGCUUCCAUACCGGCCGCCAGACAGCUUCCUCGAGCUCAUAACUUUCAGCUGAGAAUGUCUACAUCGUGCUUUAUGACUACACUGCACAGGAGCGGAUGAAUUGUCUGUGAGCAGAGGUGAUGUGCUGCGGCUGCUGGAAGAGAUGCCACGACGGCUGGUGGACUGUGGAGAUGAACGGUCAGACUGGACUGGUGCCAGCAAUUAUCUGGCCAAAGUCUGAAAACAGAAAUGGUGCAGACACCUACCAAAACAAUCCAGGCAACACCUCAUCCACAUAUUCCAACAGGCAUU